AGCACCAACCGGGCGGAGGGCAGUUACCGGCUGCGCGACAAGACAACGCCGCUGUAGGUGGAGCAGCCCAGCCCUGCCCCGCUGAGUGGACUGCAGCGCGCCCCCUCUGGCGGAGACCUGGUUCAGAACAACAGGGCCCCUUCCUGGCCAGAGCACUUGGUACUGCUCCCUCCGAGGCUGAUUCUUCCUCUGACAAGGAGGCCUCAUAUGACUGUUCUCCUGAAGCGAGGCGAGGAUAGCUGAGCCCUGCUCUGGAGACUCAGAGGACUUCGGGAAACACACAGAGUGCGGGAACGUGUAGUCCCCAGUUGCCACUGUGCCUGCAGUUCUUUGGUGAGACAUCUUCGCUCCUGACUGGAUGCUGAGCCAGAUGCUGAGCCUGCUGGUGCUGGCACUGCCUUUGCUGUCUGGUCCGGUCCACGCAGUCCCUGCCCCAGGCCUGGCCCUGGAGCGAGCAGGCAUUGUGGGGGGCCAGGACGCCCCUGGCAGCAAGUGGCCAUGGCAGGUGAGCCUGAGGGUCAACAACAACUUCUGGAUGCAUUUCUGCGGAGGAUCACUCAUCCACCCCCAGUGGGUGCUGACUGCAGCUCACUGUGUGGGACCGCACAUUAUGAGCCCUGAAUUCUUGCGGGUACAGCUCCGAGAGCAACACCUUUAUUACCAAGACCACCUGCUGCCCAUUAGCCGGGUCAUUACACACCCUGACUACUACGAGGUCCAGACUGGUGCAGACAUUGCCCUGCUGGAGCUGGAGGACCCUGUGAAUGUCUCCAGCCACAUCCACCCCAUCUCUCUGCCUCCUGCCUCCGAGACCUUCCCCUCAGGGACGCUGUGCUGGGUGACGGGCUGGGGUGAUGUGGACAGUGGUGAGCCGCUCCCGCCCCCAUUUCCCCUGAAACAGGUGAAGGUCCCCAUAGUGGAAAAUCACCUCUGUGAUGCCAAGUACCACAUUGGCCUCUCCACGGGGGACCACGUUCACAUCGUCCGCGAGGACAUGCUGUGUGCUGGGAAUAGCCGAAGAGACUCCUGCCAGGGUGACUCCGGAGGGCCACUGGUCUGCAAGGUGAGGGGCACCUGGCUGCAGGCGGGCGUGGUCAGCUGGGGUGAAGGCUGUGCUCAGCCCAACCGGCCUGGCAUCUACACCCGUGUGACCCAUUACCUGGACUGGAUCCACCGCUAUGUCCCCAAGGACGCCUGAGCUGGCUUGGCUGGGCUGCCCCUGCAUCAAGGGAGAAGAGGCCCCUCUCGCCACCAGCAGGCUGCCUCCUGCCCAGCUGAACCCCACCCAGUCUUCCCUGCUUGCCCCGAGCCCCCUCCCCUGUCUGGAGUCCCUGGCCCUCACACCCUUCCCCUAUUUGGGUAGCUGAUGCGCACCCUCCUGGCAGCUGUGUCUCAUUAAAAUGCAUG